AUGUCAGCGAAUUUAAGACUAUCCUGGGCUGGCGACUUUGAUCGUUUGAAGGAGUUUGUAAAGAGUGACCUAGAGUUGCAGGGAAGCUGGUCAUCCCUGGCGAACGAGAAAAAACUUUUCGUGUCAGACAACGUUGAGUUGCUUUGGUGGAAAAACAAAAAGUUCCUAAAGAUCAAUGGAGAGGAUGCAAAUCGAAUCAAACGUUGUAUGAUCAACGCUAUGUUUACGAGUUUAAACCUCGAUAGUAUCAAGUCUGGUGUGGACAUGGCUACUAACACCGAGAACUCCUUAAACGAAAACCAACCAACAAAACACCAGUGUACGGGUUGUGAAUGUUCGAAGCUAUCACCAGACUUGGAGGGUUUGAAAUUAGACUUGGUUGUUUUGGAAUCGAAACUCAACCAUAAAAUCCAAGCCGUGGAAAACCAAAUAUUACGCAUGAACGAUUGCCGACCAAAAGAGUCGAAAAAUCAUGCAAAUCUCGAAAAUAUGUUGACAACCUCUACACCCAUUAGCAGCGGCGGCACGAACAAAACAAAAGAGGUUAGUAAUUCAAAUCCUCACAUUAAUCCCGUUGUUGUUCGGACCGCUAACGAUGCAUGCUUCACACCAAUAAAAGUACCGGAUAACACAGAAACUUUUAUGGCCAUAGAUCAGUCAUGCGAGAAAACGUCACACCAUGAUUUGGUGCCAUUGCCAAAAUCCAUCAAUCACUCACAAGAGGAAUUAACCCUGACAAAG